AUGCCUUCAGUCAACUACUACAACCAAAGCGCUCCCUUCUGGGACUGGGUAGCCUCCAUGGAAGAAGCGGGCCAGAAUCACCCAAUGUUCGCCAACCGUAGCGGUGAUGAUAACAACAACGAGGCCAACAACACCUUCGGCGGACAAAACCCUUGGGUUCAAGGAUGGCCAGCGUUCGGGUUCGGUGGACCGUUUGCCUUCCGAGGACGUGGCGGCCACGGACCACACGCCCACCGUGGCCCUCCUUCUCAAGACCAAGCCCCGCCUGAGAACAACGCCGACACAGAGGCAGGCCCGUCCAACACCACCGCUGAUGCUCAGCCCUCCUCCGAGCAAUCACAAGAACAACCUCGAGGUCCAGGCUCACACCGUGGACGAGGCUGUGGUCCCCGAGGCCGCGGUCGUGGACCCUGGGGCAGCAGAGCCGGACCACACCACGGUCCUCCCGGCUUCCCACCUAUGGGCGGCUUCGGUGCUCUGGCCAACAUGUUCCAAGAGCAGCUCUUCGGCCAGCAAGAAGCCAGCAAAGACUCGAAUGACGACUUCAAGCCCGAAGUCGACGUCUUCGACACUCCUGAGUCCUUCGUCGUGCACGUCUCCUUGCCGGGAGCCAAGAAAGAGGAUGUCGGUGUCAACUGGGACGCGGAGAAGUCUGAGCUGAGCGUCGCUGGUGUGGUGUACCGACCUGGGGAUGAGGAGUUCUUGCAGACGCUCGCAUUGAAUGAGCGCAAGGUUGGAGUUUUUGAGAGGAAAGUGAGGUUGGGGAGCAGGGCGAAUCCAGCUGCUGUCGAUAUGGAUGCUAUUACAGCGAGGAUGGAAGACGGUGUCCUGAGGAUCGAGGUUCCAAAGCUUGAUAGUGGGUACGUUGAAGUGAAGAAGGUGGACAUUGAGUAG